CUUGUUCUAUCUGAAUGCCGCAUACAAACACAUUUAAAAAAAGCAUAGUCCAUGCCGAUCAGGGCAUGGUUGGUGUCCAAAUGCUUUUCCUUGGCACGUUCUUCAUGAGCACAGCUCACACGCACAAGAAACUGGCAUUGGGCGCAAGCGUAUACCUGAUAUGGUUUGCACUCGUAUACUUGGCGUGUCAAAAAAUACGACCAACCGCGCACAACAACGAAACUCGCAGAGCGCUCUACGUAGUAAUCAGCAUGUUACAGGGGGUGGCAAUGAUGCUGGCUACAUAUAAUACGGCCAAAGCUGUCUCAUUGCAGAUGAUGUCGUCAUUGUGGACGGUUGCAGGAAAUAUUUGCCUUGGUGCUGUUUCUGGAACCAGCCUUGGGUUCUACAUUCUGGCGAUGAGCGACAUGGGUUUAGUGCACAGUGCCGGGGGGAGCGCUGCGCUUAUUGUUAUUUGUGCACUAUUGAUGUCGGUAUCAAUGGCAUGGGUGCCGUCGCAGUCGUUUGCCAUGUGUUCGGCAAUUCUGGGCGCGUACCUGUUUGUGCUCGGCGUCGAUUGCUUUGCGCACACUGGGUAUCUAAGCCAUUUGUCUGUUUUUACGCACUUGGGGUUGAAUGCGUGGUAUUAUGCGGAGCCCAGGGCUAUGGUGUUGCAGGCGGUUGCGUUGGUUCUGGCGCUGGUGAGUGCCGCGUGGCAGCGGUGGUAUGCGUUGACGCGGUUCCGGACUAUUUUGCAGACCAAUGGCUUUUUGGGUUUGGGUUUGGGUUUGGGCCCGGGUUUGGAUGCGGGACCAAUGCGUAUGCAAAACGAGUGAAAUUUUAAAACCAAUAAUGAAUUGGCUCGGUUUCUUUCUCGUAUGUCGCAAAUAAAAAAGCAGAGGCAAUUACAAAUAUUUAACUGGUGAAAAAACAAGGAAAUUAACCAAAUAAAUUGGCACAUUGUAAUGUAUUUAUAUUUAUAUAUCCGAAUGUGCAGCUCAAAAAUAGUGUAGUGAAUAUUGUUCCAUGCUGACA